UUUUUCAAAACUUUGAAAAAACCAGAUUAUUAAAAAAUCAUUAUUUUGCUUUUUCAUCAAAAAAUUAAUCAUGUCUCAAUCAAAUUUUGUCAAUUUUAAACGAAAACAAUUGAUUGCUAUCGAAAUUAAUUGGCGUGCCGAUCCAUCAUUGAAAGUACAAGAUUUUCAUGAUAAAUGGUUGAAAAAAUUUGGCAACACUGAAGUUAUUGACCGUAAUUUGGCUGUAAAUUUUCUACAAAAAUUAAAUACUGGUGAAUAUGAUGAUGCAAUGAAUGUUCCGUUGGAACAAAUAACACCAAAACCGAUACAAGCCAGUAAUGAUGCAAUGAAUGGUGACGAUGAUGAAACUAAUGGUGGUAAUGAUGCAUUAUCGGAAAAUGUAGCUACGGCUGCAAAUGAUGAAAAAGAAGUAAAAAUUACCAAACGUAAAAAUCAAAAAAUGGCUGUUGGUAAAACACAAAAGGCUGCAGUGUUAAAAGCUGUAAAAGAAUCGAAUGAAAAAGUUGAAGAGGCUCAACAACCACAAUUACAAGAAAAAUCGAACAAACGACCUAAACGUAAUAAUGCUAUUGUUGAACAUGAUGAAACCGAAACAGCUUCUACUUCCGUUAAUGAACAACCGGAACAACAACAACAAUCAUCAAACGCAAAAGGUCUGAGACGUUUACGAAAAGAAGCGAAAAAUAGCGCCGUUGAUGUAAUUGUUGCUGGUGAUACACAGACUGAAAAUCGUAAACUUCGUGGUAAAAAAAAGCAACAACAACAGGAAGCUGAAGUAGUUGCCCAAGAUGAAGAAGAAAUAGUCAAAGAGCCAGCUGUAGCUCGUCGUGGUCGUCCACCACGUAAACCACGAAAUUGAAUCAAACUUUUUGUACUUUCCUUUUUUUUGGAACAAAACUUAUUUCCGAUUCAUAUAAUACACACAAACACGCACACACACACACACACACAUCAACGCCACUUUUUGUGUUCACUUUAUAUCGAUAGU